UGGACAUAGAAAAGAGAGACCCCUCCAUUUGAGGAACCUUAAAAUUAUUGAUUCUUCCAGUCACUCCCAUAAACCAUACAAAACUUCGAGUCUCUCUUUCUGUGAUUUUCACCUCUACGCCAUUUCAUCACAUACCAACAUCUUUGAUUCGUCAUAAAACGUGAUAACCCUCUGUACAAUUCUCCAUCGAUGGUGAACACUCAAUUUGAGGAAUUGUUGUUGACCCCUCUCAUAAGUUUGAGGCCUGAGAUUUGCUAGUCAAAUACAUUCUUGAGAAGUGUUAGAUCCUCUCUUCUGCUGUGUUUGGGCACUGUAUAACGUUGGCAGUGCCCAUGGAUGCCACUACCAGUGGAACCCCUACUAUCCAAUACCAUAACAUCCCAGAUCAGCCAAUUACCACUAUUGUUGCCACACAAUUGCCUACAUUUCAACGGGAGCAACGACAUUGCUUUGGGGAUUCCAGUCCAGGAGAGUUUCCCUUGUCUGCUAAUCCUUCCAUUGUUCUUCAUCUGCUUACAUCAUACGACUUGUAUGCUCAAGACCUUGCUAAACUUGAGGCAACAUGCUCCUUCUUCAAGCAGCCAGCAAAGUUUGAGCCAGAUUUCGAUUUGUCCUUGUCAGAGCUUGCUGCAUUAGACAUGUGCCAGAAAAGAGCCAUUUUUAAGCCAAUGACGACUGAACAACAGCAAUAUUUGAAGCAAAGAUGUGGUGGUUCUUGGAAAUUGGUUCUGAGGUUUUUGAUGGCUGGAGAAGCAUGUUGCCGAAGGGAGAAAUCACAGGCAAUAGCAGGUCCUGGUCAUAGCAUUGCUGUGACAUCAAAAGGGCUUGUGUAUUCAUUUGGGUCCAAUAGUUCCGGCCAGCUUGGGCAUGGCACCACUGGAGAGGAAUGGAAACCUCGACCAAUUAGAGCUUUGCAAGGCAUCCGAAUUAUACAAGCUACUACUGCGACUAGGAGGACAAUGUUGAUCAGUGAUUCAGGGCAGGUUUAUGCCUUUGGGAAAGACUCUUUUGGUGAUUCUGAAAUUGGAACUCAAGGAUCUAAAUUGGUUACAACUCCACAGUUAGUUGAUUCUUUGAAAAACAUAUUUGUUGUGCAAGCUGUAAUUGGAAACUUUUUCACUGCUGUGUUGUCAAGAGAAGGGAGGGUUUAUACUUUUUCAUGGGGUAAUGAUGGCAAACUCGGUCACCAUACUGAUCCAAAUGAUCUUGAACCCCGUCCUUUGCUAGGAGCUCUGGAACACAUACCAGUAGUGCAAAUAUCUGCUGGAUUCUGCUACCUGCUUUGUUUGGCUUAUCAACCCAGCGGAAUGUCAGUGUACUCGGUUGGGUGUGGUUUGGGUGGGAAGCUUGGACAUGGCUCAAAAACUGAUGAGAAGCAUCCUCGUCUGAUCGAACAGUUCCAGUUGUUAAACCUUAAGCCGAUGGUGGUUGCAGCUGGUGCGUGGCAUGCAGCUGUGGUGGGGCAGGAUGGCCGUAUUUGCACAUGGGGGUGGGGUCGUUAUGGCUGCCUGGGUCACGGUAAUGAAGAAUUUGAAUCUGUACCAAAGGUGGUGGAAGGGUUGAGAGAUGUCAAAGCAGUUCAUGUUGCUACAGGAGAUUACACCACCUUUGUAGUGGCUGAUAAUGGUGAUGUGUAUUCAUUUGGUUGUGGAGAAUCUGCUAGUCUUGGCCAUAACCCCGAGAAUCAUGAACAGGGAGACAUGCAUGCAAAUGUGUUAAGUCCAAAGCUUGUGACUUCAAUGAAAGAGAUGAAUGAACGGGUGGUGCAGAUUAGCAUGACGAAUUCCGUAUAUUGGAAUGCUCAUACCUUUGCCUUAACUGAAUCAGGGAAGUUGUAUGCCUUUGGGGCUGGGGACAAAGGACAACUAGGCGCAGAGCUUGGUGCCAACCAGACUGAAAGAGGAAAGCCAGAGCUGCUUGAUAUUGAUCUUAGUUAACUAUGUGUGCUGGUGUACCCCCAAUUCUUUACACCGUGUCAUCCUCUAAUUUAUGCUUACCAUGCACAGUAUUUAGUGUUUCAAUCUCUUGUUCAUUAUGUAAAUGCAUCGACAAGUUCCAAGCUAGGCAUCAGAUGAUAGGGGCCUCUUCUGAGGUUCUUGACAUUAAUCUUAGGCUUCAACUAGAUUAUGAUACUUGAAAAUGGUGAAGGUUUACAUACACUUCAUUCUUGACUUUUAUCAUUUGCUUAGAUCAAGUUGGUUAAGUUUAUUAA